AUGGAAAUAUCGGGUGUAGGUCAAGGACACAAACGGUUUCCUCUGCUCAAUGAGAGAACUGUAAAGAACCUGCAGCUACCGCGGCAGACGCUCCGAAUCUCGGAACUCCACGUAAGACAACGACACCUGAAGAGGCUGCCUAUAGAAGGGUACACUGGCGUGACGCCAGAUCUGCUGAUAGGGUUAGAUAAUGUGCAUCUAGGCAUAGCUAAGCGUAUUGCCGAGGAUGGUCAUCGGGGCCCGGCUGCAGUGUUGACCAAGCUAGGCUGGGUGAUUUACGGUCCAAUGGGAUACGAGAACGUAGCGAGACAGCAAGUACUUUUGGUGCGAGAACACGCCGCAGAUAAAACGCUCGAGGAUGAAACCAUCGACGAGUUAGUCAAGAACUUUAUAAUAAGCGAUGACUUGAGUGCGUCACCUACUGUCAAACAUGUCGAGCCACAGGAAGAGGUAAGAGCACGCGCCAUAUUAGAGAAUACUACAGUUCGUAUAGGCGAUCGCUUUGAGACGGGGUUGCUUUGGAGAACCGAUGAAGAUAUACCGGAGUACACGCGGGGAAUGGCGGAGAGAAGACUUCUAGCGCUCGAACGGAGAUUUAAAUGCAACGCAGAAUUGAAGCACGAGUAUAUCAAAACGAUGAGGCACUACUUAGCGAAGGGAUAUUCCAGGAAACUCACGAAAGAGGAAACGCUGACAAAACACCCACGGAUAUGGUAUCUUCCCCACUUUGGCGUUUACAACCUAAAUAAGCCGGGAAAAGUACGCCUCGUAUUCGACGCAGCAGCACAAGUCUCCGGAAGAUCGUUGAACUCCUACCUGCUUAGCGGUCCAGAUAUGGGUAAACCAAUGCUAGAGGUGCUUAUGAAAUUUAGACAAAAACCCAUAGCCGUCAGCUCCGACAUCGAAGAGAUGUUUCAUCAGGUGGUAGUACGUGCGGAAGAUCAACCGGCGCAAAGGUUUCUGUGGAGGGAGAAGCCUGAUGAAGAAAUCGUGGAGUACUCCAUGCGCCUAAUGACUUUCGGAGCAACAUGUUCUCCUUGUGCCGCACAAUUUGUGAAAAAUAAGAAUGCGCUUGAGUUUUCUGAGGAAUUCCCUGAUGCCGUCAAUGCGAUUUUAAACAACCAUUAUGUGGACGAUUUCGUUCAUUCCUUUGCAGACGAGGAAGAAGCCGUGCGAAUAGCGAAUCAAGUGCGAUGCAUUCACCAAAAAGGCGGAUUCAACCUAAAAGGGUUUAUAUCGAAUUCACGAAUGGUGCACGAUGCUUUAAACGGAGGCCACGACUUCGGUGUACAGAAAGGUUUCGACAAAUCUAAUGCAGGCUAUCCGAAGGUUUUAGGGAUGCGGUGGGACACGGAGUAUGAUGAGCUCAAGUUCGUUCUCGCUUUCGGUCGCGUCGAUGAAGACCUGUUGCAAGGCAAACGGGCCCCCACUAAGCGGGAGCUAUUACGCGUCACCAUGUCUGUUUUCGACCCCUUUGGCUUUGCAGCGGAAUACGUACUUAAGGCGAAGUUGCUACUGCAAACGGUCUGGCGAGCGAGAACUGAUUGGGAUGAUGAAAUUCCCGUGGAGGCGCAAAAGCUCUGGAGGACAUGGCUAAACAUAUUACAUCAUGUGGACAACAUCAAGGUUCCGCGCUGCUAUGGUACAUUCUUUACAACAGGAGUUGUGGAGCUCCAUGUAUUUGCCGACGCAAGUGAGAUGGCAUUCGCCGCUGUGGCGUACUGGCGAAUCAGCAAUGGGCGUGACGUGAACGUUGCAAUGGUAGCCGGAAAGACGGAAUGUGCACCUCUCAAGCUCACGACUAUUCCAAGAUUAGAACUGCAGGCGGCAGUACUGGCCUCUCGACUUCGGAAAAUGCUGUUGAGUUCUCACGACACCAAGCCGUCACGUGUGGUGAUGUGGACAGAUUCGAAGACAGUCCAAGCGUGGAUAGCUUCCGACCACAGAAGGUACAAGCCCUACGUAGCCCAUAGGGUUGAUGAAAUUCUAGAUGUUACUAAUCAACUCGAGUGGAGAUGGACUCCAGGCGCUCUAAAUCCAGCAGACUUUGGUACGAGACUACAAAGCAGCUCGCGUGAAUGCUCCUGUCUUUGUGGCCCAGACUUCUUGAGAAAAGACGAGUCAUUUUGGCCCAGGCUUGAUGCUGUCGAUGGAACUCGUGAAGAAUUACGGGCCAAGUAUGAGGUAUUCCUCGUCUCGCUGGACGAGGACAUACUGCAGAAGUACUCAUCGUUCCCACGACUCACAAGAAUAGUCCCCUACUUGCGAAGGUUUGUGUACAACAGCUCCAACACACCAGAGAAGCGACUGUACGGUUCGUUGACGGUGAGGGAACUUAGAGAUGCCGAACUUCUAGUCAUCCGUAUCGCGCAGCGGAGUGCAUAUGCCGAUGAGUGCGCUAUACUGAGGGGAGGUAAGCAAUUAAACGCAAGUAGUAAACUUUUUAGAUUGUCGCCAAUGAUAGACGACGUCGGCAUAAUUCGAGUGAAUGGUCGUCUUCAAAACGCGUACGCCAUUCCUCAACACACACGUCAACCCGUAGUAUUGCCUCAACGACACCACGUGACCAACCUAAUCAUCGACUUGUAUCAUCGCAUAUGGAAGCAUCAGAAUCAAAACACGAUCAUAGCUGAAUUACGCCGCAAAUACUGGAUACCUCACAUUCGCGAAGAAGUGCGAAAGGCAGGAAGAAGAUGUCUGUCAUGUCAGAGGGAACGGGCAAGGCUCUAA